AUGUUUUUCCAGGAAGGCAACAAGCUCAUCUUCCGCUACGAUGCCGAGACCCUCUGGAUCGAACCUUGGGGACCCAACGCCCUGCGCGUCCGCGCCACCAAGAACCACCAGAUGCCCGCAGAGAACUGGGCCCUGGACGUCCCGCCCCCAGCUCUCCCAGCCCAUCCAACCAUCUCCAUCUCCAGUGACGGCAGCGGCGCGACCAUCACCAACGGCAAAAUCCAAGCGUCCCUCACCCCGCGCGGCAAGCUCACCAUCCGCAACGCCCACACCGGCACCAUCCUGCUAGAAGAGUACUCACGCAACCGCAAAGACGUCACCGACCCGAAAUGCAGCGCGCUCGAGAUCGAAGCGCGCGAAUUCCAGCCCAUCCCCGGCAGCGACGCCUUCCACCUGACCGCGCGCUUCGAGUCGCAGGACGCAAAGGAGCGCAUCUACGGCAUGGGCCAGUACCAGCAGGCGCUGCUCAACCUGAAGGGCGCGGACCUCGAGCUGGCGCACCGCAACUCGCAGGCCAGCGUGCCGUUCGCCCUGUCCAACCGCGGCUACGGCCUGCUGUGGAACAACCCGGGCGUCGGGCGCGCCGUGUUCGGCACCAACGUCGCGAGCUACGAGGCGCUGUCGACGAAGGCGCUGGAUUAUUGGGUUGUCGCGGGCGACGCGCCGCAAGAGAUCGAGCGCGCGUAUGCGGAUGUGACGGGGAAGGUGCCGAUGAUGCCCGAGUACGGGUUGGGGUUCUGGCAGUGCAAGUUGAGGUACCAGACGCAGGAGGAGCUGCUCGAGGUGGCGCGCGAGUACAGGCGCAGGGAGCUGCCGAUCGAUUUGAUUGUGGUGGACUUUUUCCACUGGCCGAAGCAGGGGGAGUGGAAGUUCGAUCCGACGUACUGGCCUGAUCCGGAUGCGAUGGUCAGGGAGCUGAAGGAGCUGAAGAUCGAGCUGAUGGUGUCGAUUUGGCCUACGGUCGACAAGCUGUCGGAGAACUACGAGGAGAUGGUGGAGCACGGCUACCUGAUCCGGACGGACCGCGGUAUCAGGACGGCCAUGGACUUCAUGGGGGAUACGGUUCAUGCGGACUUUACGAACCCUGGCGCUCGGGAGUACGUGUGGAAGAAGGUGAAGCAAAACUACUGGGACAAGGGCAUUCGUGUUUACUGGAUCGACGAGGCUGAACCUGAAUACACCGCCUACGACUUCGACAACUACCGCUACCACCUGGGCCCCAACCUCCAAAUCGGCAACCUCUACCCCCUCCACUACGCCCGCGCCUUCCACGAUGGCCAAACCGCCGCGGGCCAAAAAUCCGUCGUUAACCUCGCCCGCUGCGCCUGGGCCUCCUCUCAAAAAUACGGCGCCCUCGUCUGGAGCGGCGACAUCGCGUCGUCGUGGCCCGUCUUCCGCGCGCAGCUCUCCGCCGGCCUGAACAUGGGCCUCGCGGGGAUCCCGUGGUGGACGACGGACAUCGGCGGCUUCCACGGGGGGGACCCGAACGACGAGGCCUUCCGCGAGCUCUUCGUGCGCUGGUUCCAGUGGGGCGCGUUUUGUCCGGUUAUGAGAUUGCACGGCGACCGCGAGCCAAGGCAGCCGCAGCACGGGACGACGGGCGGUGCGGAGUGCAGGAGCGGCGCGGCGAACGAGGUGUGGUCGUAUGGGGAGAAGGUGUAUGGGAUUUGUAGGAAGUGGAUGGGGGUGCGGGAGGGGUUGCGGGAGUACACGCGUGAGGUUAUGCGCGAGGCGCACGAGAGGGGCGAUCCGGUGAUGCGGGCCUGCUUUUACGAGUUUCCGGAGGAUAAGAGGGCGUGGGAGGUUGAGGAUCAGUAUUUGUUCGGGCACAAGUACCUCGUGGCGCCGGUGCUGUAUCCCGGGGCAAAGACGAGGGAGGUGUACUUUCCGAAGGGGGCGACGUGGAAGGCGUUUGAAGGCGAGGCUGCGUUUGAAGGCGGGACGACGGCGGUGGUGGAAACUCCGAUCGAGUCUAUGCCGGUGUUUGUGAGGCAGUAG